GAUUAGCCUCUAGAAUGGAACCUAGGUAGGUGACCUCAUCUUUCCUGGUGAGAACAACGUCACCCACUUUUAUAGUGAAGUCAUUGACUUUCUUAAGGUUGAUGUGGGACCCAAACAGGAUGGAUUCCGUUUUACCCAAGUGUAUGGAUAGCUUGUUGUCAGCGAGCCAGGUGCAAGUUCUACAGAGUUCAGCACUGAGGAUUUUCUCCACCUGUGACUUGUCCUUGCCGGAUACCAGCAGGGCCGAGUCAUCCGCAAACAAAAACAAUUCACAGUCGCAUGCCGAUGACAAGUCGUUUAUGUAUACCAGGAACAGUAAGGGCCCUAAUAUACUGCCUUGGGGGACUCCACAGCUCACUGAGAGGGGGGGGGACACGGUGCCGUUCACCUCUACCACCUGUUUCCUCCCCUCCAAGUAGGAUUGCAUCCAGCUCCAUGAGGUUUUGUUAAAUCCGAUUGCUCUGAGCUUAUCCAACAGUAUCUGUUAGUCUGUCUCUACCCCCCUUGCUGAAGCGACAUCUGGUGGUCCAUGUAUCCCAGAGUAAGCCUGUCUCCAGUUCUCCACUCUCUUCCCCUGACCCUACCCCUCUGGAAAACGGUGACCCAGUUUGGACCGUCAAGGAGAUCCUUGGGGUCCGUCGGCAAGGUAGGGGCCUGGUAUUUUUGGUACAUUGGGAGGGUUAUGGUCCAGAGGAUAGAUCCUGGGUGCCGGCCUCCUACCUUGCUGACCCCACCCUUCUGGAGGACUUCUAUCAGGUCAACCCUGGAGCUCUCCGGCGCUCGUCGAGAGCCUCGCAUAAGAGGGGGGGCACUGUUACGGCUCUCGCGCAGUCUGCUUCUCCCUCCUCGGCAGGAGCUCCUCGAAGCUACGCUGCAAGCACCGCAGGACACGCCCCCGCACGCGCCCCGCAGACCGCGGCCACGCGCCUCCACAGCCGGCGGCAAUCAUCAAUCAACGCACCUGGUCUUGACGAGAAGCAGCAGCAUAAAGGCUCACUCCACUGACUACUCCACGCCGGAACAAAGCCCUGAUUCAUACAUCCGUGUCUCCGCAGUGAGCCGUGCGCCUCACCUGCCGAUCUUCCCCCUGGACUCUGACUGCCUUCCUCGACCUCCGCAGUGGAUGGAAAGAGUGGAUGACUAAGAGUGUAUGAAUAAGAGUGUAUGAAUAAGAGUG